AUGCCUACUAGUCAGGAAAAAGCGGCUUCCGAUCUCCAGGUUUUAAUUGCCAGGCGGGAACGAUAUUUUCAAAGUAUACAACAAGCGUUCGAUUUAAUUCCACGUUUGAAUGAUUUAAACAUAUGCAGGCAAUUUAAAGCAAGAUGUAAAACGUUGGACAAAGCGUAUUCCGAAUUCGAUGCCGUUCAGAAUAAAAUAUUAGAAACAAACGCCUUAGCAGCUGUAGAACAUCGAAUAUCAGACGUUUUAGCAUCCUCACAGGCAUUUGACAAUUUGUUCUAUGCUGUUAGAGCUGCGGAAGCUUCUUGGUCUGAACCACAAACCGUUUCAACUCCUUCCGCCCCAACAAUCAAACCAAAAUUGCCUCAUAUCACUCUGCCGACAUUUGAUGGGACUUAUGAAAAGUUUGAUUCAUUUAAAUUAUUAUUUGAGACAUUGAUUCAUAAUCAACGCCAUAUCUCAACAAUUGAAAAGUAUAGCUAUCUACGUUCUUCCGUCUCCGGCACUGCUCUGACUGCCAUACAAGGUCUACCAUUUGCGGAAAAUUCCUAUGAAACUGCCUACAAAACUUUAGUCACUAGAUUCACAAACAAAAGAGUUAUUGCAUCUAAUGUGUGUCAGAAGCUAUUUUCUGUGAAACCUUUUACGCAAGAAAGUCAACUUAAAGGAUUUUUAGAAGAUUUUCAUGUUCAAGUGGAAGCUUUAAACAACCUUGCUUUAACUAGUGUUUCGGAUUUUCUUAUUUCGUUCAUGGCUCUUAGGCUGCUUGAUCCUCAAACACGUCAAGCUUUUGAGGAUACAAGAGCUAACGAUCCUACUGUACCAACUUAUGCCGAUAUCCGUAAAUUUGUGGAAGGGCGUAUUGCUACAUGUGAGGUAAUUAACUCUUCGCCAGCAAAGACAAAUUACCCUAAGCCGAUGGGUUCUAUGAAAGUUCCAGUUAAAAGAGCCAUGGUUGCUCAUGCUUCUCCUCCGCUGAAGCCUAGUGUGCAAUCAACCUCUUCCAAGCCUGCAGAUUUGAGUCACACCUGUCCAUGUUGUGCUAAAUCUCACCGAGUCGUAGAAUGCAAUCAGUUUGGUAAUAUGACUAUUUCGCAACGCUAUGAAGUUUUACGUAAAAAGCUUUUAUGCUCUUCCUGUUUUGGACCACACGCUCGAUCGACAUGUUCUUCUAAAUUUUCAUGCAGACAUUGUGGUUCCAAAGCCCAUCAUACCAUGCUUCAUAAUGAUAGUAAAGCCAAUAUUCCUCCUAUAUCAUCUGCCAGUGAGCCUACCGUUGCACUGUCAGGUAAUAUUAUGCCUUCGCCGUCUGUACAUCAGCAUAAGCAAAUCCUAUUGGGAACUGCUAUAGUUAGUAUUCCUGAUGUAUUUGGUCAUCAUCAUGAUGUCCGAGUUUUAAUCGAUCCAGGAAGUAUGAUCAAUAUUAUUUCCCAAUCACUAAAGGAUCGCCUUACUUUACCAAUGACAGCGUCUAACAUUCGCAUCUCGGGUAUAGGAUCCGGGAAACCCCAACCAGCCAAAGGUACUGUUGUUUGUACUGUCAACUCAAAACAUAGUCCGUUCUCUAUCACCGUUGAAGCGGCUGUGUUACCAACCAUAGCAACUAAAAUUCCUGCCGUCCCAGUUGUACAAAAUAUUGUCAAUAAACUUUCUCAGCUACAACUUGCCGAUCCUCAGUUCUAUAGCCCUGCUUCGGUUGAGAUGCUCAUCGGAGCACAACAUUACGCCAACCUUCUGACUUCGGAACCUGUAGUUCCAGGUCACCCCUCUCUGGUUCCAUCCAUGUUCGGAACACUUGUUAUGGGUGAAUGUCCAUCGAUGUCAUCGAAUGAGUAUCAAUCAUAUUGGAUAAUGCACUCUGACCCAGACCUUUCGUACCAGUUACAGAAGUUUUGGGAAGUUGAAGAAUUGCCUGUCAAAACUCCGUUGAACCCAGAAGAUGUUAAGUGUGAGGAACACUUUGUCAAAACUCAUCGCCGUGAUUCCGAUGGAGCUUAUAUUGUACGAUUGCCAUUUCGUAAUGGUGAAGCUCCGGAGCUAGGUGAUAACCGUGUCUCUGCACUAAAUCGUCUAACUAAAUUAGAAAAACGUUUAGAAAAACAGCCUUCGUUUAAAGAUUUGUACCAUGCAAAUCUUCAAGAUUACCUCAGUUCUGGUCACAUGGUACUUGCCGAGAAGAACUCGUCUUAUGUUUUAACCCAUCAUGGAGUUACGAAAGAUAGCUCCACAACUAAAGUUAGAGUUGUAUUUAACCCUGCUGAGAAAACCAAUGCCACCUUCCCUUCUUUAAAUGAGACUUUAUUAGCCGGUCCUAAGCUUCAAAACAGUAUUAACGAUAUUGUUUUGAAUUUCCGCUUGCACCGAGUUGCUAUCACAGGAGAUGUAAAACAAAUGUAUAGAGCCAUCAAAUUGGAUGCAAGGGAUAGUAAAUUUCAGCAGAUAUUGUGGCGUUUCGAUCCCUCUCAACCUGUACAACAGUAUGAAAUAACCCGUGUUUGUUUUGGCAUUACUAGCUCGCCUUACCAUGCCCUCCGUGUGAUGAAACAAUUAAUUCAAGACGAAGGAUUUAAAUAUCCGACUGCUGCUAAAGUUCUAGAAACUGACAUGUAUAUCGAUGAUGUGUGUACCGGAGCUUCCUCCAGAGUAGAUAUAAAUUUUCAACUAAUAAUUCCAUAA